AUGUCCGGGUUCUAUGAGCAACAGCUAGUCGUUCUAACUGGCUUUUGUCUGCUUUCGCUCCUCAUUGACCGCCAUGUGUCGCGGCGGAAAACAAGCAAGCAGUCAAUGGCCGCGGAUGAUUCUCUUGAGCAGGGUAUGCCAACUAAUAGUGAGUCAAAAUCCCUCGCGACUUUGACCAAGCAGUAUCUGGUGGUCUACGGGGUUGUGAUGGGAGCGGAUUGGCUCCAAGGACCAUACGUGUACUCAUUGUAUCGAGAGCAAUACGGUUUCCCUGAGCGGAUAGUUGCCAUUCUCUUCGUGACAGGUUUCAUUUCGGCCGGCCUGGCAGCGCCUUUCGUCGGUGUUUAUGCUGACCAACACGGGCGGAAGAGAAUAUGCCUCUUAUUUUGCAUCACCUACGCGCUGUCUUGCGUGUUUAUUCUUGUGCCAUGGCUGCCGAUUCUCCUGUUCGGUCGUAUUCUCGGUGGGAUAUCGACAUCUAUCCUGUUUUCUGUGUUUGAGUCCUGGUUGGUGUCUGCCUCCACGUCUCUCAUGCUCCCCCAGUCGGGCAUAUCUGUCAUCAUGGGCCGAGCAACCUUACUGAAUGGUUUUGUCGCCACGGGGGCGGGAGUUGUCAGUAACGAGAUCGUUUCCAUUUCCAGCUCUUUCGCGUCUCCAUUUAUAGCAAGUGGGGCUUUGCUGAUGCUUGCAUGGGGUCUCAUGCGAGUAUCGUGGAUAGAGAAUUAUGGUGGUGGAGGCGGCACAACAGAUGAUGGCUGGGAUAUCUUUCAAACCACGCGGUUGAGAGAAGCGUGGAGCAUUGUUCAACAUGACUCGCUACUUCUCACCCUCGGCCUGACCCAAACAUGCUUUGAGGGUUCUAUGUAUUUGUUCGUCUUUCUCUGGGUGCCCUCGUUACAGGAAGCCUCCACAUCACCCGAAAUUCUUCCCUUGGGCUACAUAUUUUCGUCCUUCAUGUUGUCAAUGAUGCUUGGGUCCUUGUUAUACACGGCCAUCGUCUCUCAUUCUCCCCCACCCUCCCCCACUGUAGGAUCGGUAGACUCUCCAUUGACAACACAUGCUAAGCUCAGCAGUAUGGUUAGCGCUGUCAGUGCACUAGCAUUGGCGGUUAGCGUUUCUUUCCAGGACGAGAAAAUUCGCUUCUGGGCGUUCUGCACGUUCGAGGCCUGCGUCGGCAUGUAUUAUCCUGUGCAAGGAACGCUUCGGGGGUCUCUCAUCACGAAUGAACACAGAGCUACGUUGUCUGCGUUGUUCCGUGUACCCUUGAAUGUAUUUGUCGUAGUCUCCCUGUUAACGGGCGUCUCAUCGGCACGAUAUGCAGUUCUUACUGCAUGCACCUUGAUGCUUGCAUUCUCGUCUAUUAUGACAGGAGCCGUCAUAGUCAAGCGCUCAGAUGAAGGUAAUCAACGUCCCGCGUAGAUCCAGUAUGUAUGGACAACAAAAGUACAGGAGUCAUAGAAUUUUUACAGAAAUUGGACUUGUAAGUAAUUAAUCGCAGCGCACUCGCCUUGGUUUAUCUGGUGCAGAAGACGAGGCAAAAUAGUGGUAGUCGUACUCAUUGGUCAGAACGAGCUUAACUGACUCGUCGUCAUUGCAUCAUGUGGGGGCGGAACGCCACGAUUUUCAAAGUCCGAUUAGAA